UGACGUAUUAACGUCAGAGUUCACUGCUAAUGGCAAAAAUAUGUUGUCCGGGUGCUGCAGACUUCUAUGUGAGACAAAUUAUGAACAAAUUGGUAUAAUGUCCGAAAUAAAAAGUCAAAAUAUCUGUAUUGAGGGAAAAAAUUACCUCUCCAUUAUAACUCGGCGCUUAUUGUGACGAAGAAAACCGUUACGAUGUCCGGCUAUGUGUGGACAAGGCCUGAAGCAGAGCUGCAAUGUCAGCCGUGUGAUCAUUAUUUCAUGGUGUUUAAAAGCUCAAAGUCCACCUGACAGACACAGGCGAUCCACAGACAGUCACCACAAACCGAUUUUUUAAAAGUAGCUAAAAGAAGUGAUUCUACCGGCUGGAACCUCACAAGAAGAGGUUUGACUUUGGAUAUAUUGGUAGAAACUUUGAUUCUGGAGCUGAAUUCGCCGUCACACAUGGAUGGUACCUGAAGACGAGCGGGUCGAAUAAAUUUCGCCGCUGUCCGACUGGCUGGCAGCCAUUUUGGAGACAAACCAGUCUCGUGGUCAGCAGCAGCUGCAGGUGGAGAUCCUCCUGACUCCUCCACGUUCGAGCACAGCAACGCCCCAUGCAUGGUAGCAUGGAGCCUGGAGCCAGUGGGCCACCACUCCAGGUUCUUGGAGAGAACGAAGCACUGCAACAAUUCUUCAGCGGUCAGGAUGUCAGUAGUGUGUUGGACAGCUCCGUUGCUGUCGACACCAGCAUCCUGGAGCAAUACCUCAGCAACGACAUGGACCCCAGCAACUUCAUGCUUCCUGACUCUCCUCCUGACUCAAGUUCGGAGGCCUGUUCUCCUCCACAGAUACCAGAUCUCGGAUAUGAACGGUCCUGUUGGCCCAUCUGUCCAGAGGGGUUUCAACCAGCAACGUACUGUCACUUUAAGAAUCGAGGACCCAUUCCCCUCGACUCUGACCGACUCACUCGACCCACUUCCUGUCGGUUAAAAGAUGGCGGCAGCAGCGGCGGCGGCACGUCCCACUCUGACUUUCUGACCCACAACCAGCUCUGUGGUUUGGGCCUCACAGACUCUUCUGUAAAGUCUAGGACUCCACCUGAUCCGCAUAUUCUACCCGUUCAUCAGGACACCAACCACCCACCUGAACACAACUUGAAUUCAGGAAGCAUUUUGCAAGGUUACACUCCACCCUCUCCUCCUUCCCCACCCUUACCUCCAACCAGUACCUGCAUGUCUGCCAUGACUGACCCAGGUCUGGUCCAAAACCUCCCUGUGUCAUCUUCGCACUGUGUGCUGGGUUCAGUCUCCACAUCGCAUCCCUGUUCCCAGGACAGUAAAAAGAGAAGGAGAUCUGAGUCUGAGGAAUCAUUUGCAGCAGUUGAUGCUGCCAGUUGUGAAAGGGAUGGGACUCAUAACGCUGGCACUGGAAAUACUUUAAUUGGACCGGGUCAGAGUUCCUCCCGGUUGCUCAGAUGGGAACAUUACAGGCGGGAACACUGGAGCACUUUAUGCAACACCAGCUACCAAACGCUGUAA